AUCCUAACAUUAACUCUUUGCUUUAAACUUUAACAGAACACUACUUAAAGUGUAAGACCCUCUACUGCUUGCUUUCAAGCUAAUCUUAGCUUUGAGCUCCAUGAGUGUAAAGGAAGCAGAAGACUCGCUCGAAUGUCCCAUAUGUUGGGAGUCCUUCAACCUUGUGGAGAAUGUACCUCAUGUCCUCUGGUGUGGACACAGUCUCUGCAAGACUUGCUUACUCUCCCUCCAACCAGCUGAGAUCAAAUUCCCAAUUCUAUCUAUACAGCUACCAGUACUCCUCUCAUGUCCAUGGUGCCAGCUUUUGUGCUUCAAACUGAUUUGGAAAGGCGACCUCCGGUACCCAAGGAAGAACUUCUUUCUCCUCUGGAUGGUUGAAAGUGCAAUGGGAUACCGGACAACAAUGAGUUGCCGGCCGUCUUCAUCUUCUAAGGAUCACAAAUUUCUUCCGCCUUUAAGUACAGAUUUAGUUUCUCAAGAUGGCUGCUUAUCACCAUCUGUGGAAGACCUCCAUGAACAUCCUCAAGGUUUCCUUGAUACAGCAAGGCAAACAAUAAACUACCUUCAAGGACGAUGGGGAGUUCAUGCAUCGCUUCGCAGAUCACUUCCAUCGUUGGUACAACUAACAGUAAAGUUCCCAUUUGUAAUCAUACUCAUGGUGUUACUUAGUUAUGUGAUUAUGGGUAGCAUUGUAGUUCUGGUUUUUUAUUUACUAAUCACAUUUAUAUUUGCUGUGCCAUCAGUCUGGCUACUCUGCUUCUUCCAUCCUAUGUUAGAACGGUUGGCUAGAGAUGCAAUAGCUUGAGAUCCUUCUGCUCUGUAGUUAAUCUUAUUUGUGGUGAGUAAACUAAUGGGUUUCUGUAUCUAGUGGAGA